ACAGCAGCAGCAACAUCAUCAACAACAACAACAACAGCAGCAGCAACAACAACAACAACUGCCAUCUUCAAACCUGUCAUCUCCAGCAAUGCUUCAUCAGCAACAGAAUUUACAGAAAUUUCUCCAGGCAAAGAAGCACAUCCUAGAGCAGCUGUAUAGAAACAAAAAGUUGCUCAAGAAAUAUCAGUACGACCUUUUGUUUCCACAGCAACAAAACCAACAGCAGCAGCACCAGCAACAACAACAACAGCAACAAGCCAAAUCCAACAUUGCAGAGUUUGACAUCACUCUUCUCUUUUUUCUAAUCCGUCAACUCCAUCCCAACCCUCCCUUUCAGCCUAACAGCAAGGAAUGGGAUGACCCUGCUAUGGCUAAAGGAAAACCUGGUGUUACUGCAGACCUGGAGGCAGCCAUACACAUCAAAAAGCACAGAAACAAACUUGCCCAUAAAAUAACAACUAACAUGACACAAAAAGACUUUGAGGCAUCAUGGGCAGAGAUAAGCCAGCAUAUCAUACAGCUGGGGGUGCCACAGAGUGACCUUGAUGCCUUUAAGGUCAAAUCCCUUGACCCAGAUUUGGAGAGAUCAUUCGUGGAAAGAAUCAUAGCCCAAGAGAAAGAGGAUGCCGAAACAAAAGCUAUGCUGUCACAGAUUUUGGAGCUUCUCAAACUAAAUCCCUUCGCUUUACCACCACCAUUACAAACCACAGAGCGAACUAUCAACCAGGCAGCAGAACUGACAGAGGCUCAACUGCAUCAACUCCAACUAAAACUGGCUUCCCUGUAUCAGAAACGCUACAGUCGUAUUCCAGUGAUCCCUUUUGAUCCAAAAGAAACCAUGGAUAUUGAACAAAUUUAUAUAGAGUUAAGACUCCUGAAAGAUGCCAACUCUACUUUGGGACAUUUUUUCAAACCAAAUAUUGUUCCACUGAAUUCUUACUUGGAUUUGUUUGAAAUAGAAAAUGGAAAAUCUCCUCGGCGAAUUGUUGUGCGCGGUGAACCAGGAAGUGGCAAAACAACCCUCUCUAUGAGAAUUGUGACCCACUGGGCAAACAGAAUUCUGUAUCUUUAUAAAAAUGAACAAUCUCAAUGUCAGUCCAAGGAAAAUGAAACCUUUAAAGACAAACUACUCAAUAUCUUCAAACCUUCAAAAGAUACACCACCAAGUUUGCAGAUGACAUCACUUGACCAGUUCCAGCUCAUUCUUCCAAUUUACUUAAGAAAUGUCCGGGAAAAUAUGACUUUCCCUGAGAUUUUAGAUGAGAACAUAUUCCAAGAGGCUGACUUGGCACCCACGGGAAUCACAUUGCAGGACAUAUGGCAAUUUAUUAACUGUAACCCUCAGAGAGUGCUGUUGGUGUUGGAUGGUUACGAUGAACUGAAAAGUGGCUCAAAUGCUGACCUUGAAGGUAUCAUACAAGACAGCAAAAUGAGAGACAUGACUGUCAUCACUACCACUCGCAACUGGAAGGCUGAGUAUCUCGCUGAUAAAACAAAGAUGGAUGUUCAUGCUGAAAUUGCUCCAAUGAGCAGAAAGCAUGUGCAAGAACUAACAUGUAAAUACUUUUCUAUUCCAGCAACUGCUAUUGAAUUUGAAUAUGGGCACUGGGAAAAUAAAUUCACAAUGGAUGAAGAUGAGAAUGAGUCAAGAGAAGCUGCAUGCAAAUUUCUCAACUUCCUUGAAGCAAACUCCAUGGCUGAGAAGAUCACACCACUAACUUUGUUAUACACUUGCCUUCUGUGGCAAAAUGGUGAAGAAAUCCAUGUACCAACAACCAAAGCUAAACUCAUUUCUGCAGUGCGUGAAUAUAGUUUGUUGCGUUACUGUGAAGCCCAACCUGAUCCAAGCAAAGCAAAGGAAGAGGUGGAAAAAGAGAUCCUCCCAAAACUUCAAAAGAUGUUUUAUGACAGUGUUCUUGAAGACAAGUUUGUUUUCAGCACUGAAGAGAUUGAUGAUGAAAGACUCUUCAGUGCAGGUCUGAUAACUCAAGAAGUACGAGUUAAACCAAUUUUACCUACUUUAUCAUCUGGUGAAGAAGAGGGGCAGUGGGGGAGAUACAAAUGUAAAUAUUAUGAACCUUUUUAUGAAAGAACAAUAGUUGAAAGUCAUGCAGCAGACUACUUUGUGCAAAGAGCUCUACAAAAUCGCCAAGACCCUCAUGUUCAGAAAUUCUUAAGGUACAUCAAAUCUGAUGAAGGAAAACUGCGCUUGGGGAAAGUAACUGAAUUUAUUUUGGAACAGGAACCAAGCCUUUCUGAGCUAUUCCCUUAUGAAAAUUUCCUAUAG